GAGAGAAACGCCGGUUAAAUGUAAAAGAAAGAAACCUAGCUAUAGCGGAUUGAUAGGCCGCACGCAGUGCGCCGAACUUCCUGAUGUCGCCUCUCGGCGGCGUCGAUCGGCUCCGCGUGCACGAAGAGGGGACGACCGGGCCAGGAAGGACCAGUUUUGGGAAUGCAAGAAGCGCCAGGUCGCCCCGCCGCUCGAGGGGGGUGUUUGCCCCGCCAACGGCACCCCACCACCCCCCUUUGCGCCCGAAGAGAGGAGAUCCCGCUAUCGAGUCCGUGAGCGUAGCAAGCGAGCACUGCUUGCGCCCGGUCCUACGACCACCGCCACCGCCGAGAUCGCUGGCAUCAACCCUCCAUCAUCACCGCGCUGAACGCGCCACGAUGUGUGCCCGACGGAGUGGUGCUGCGACACCGUUGUCAACGGUGAUGACGAUGACGUUGCUCCUCGUAGGUGUCGUGAUCGUAUGCUCGAACCUGCCGGAAGCAGGCGCCAGUCUAUCGCCCGAGCACCUGUACGCUUUGGCGGUGGGCCUCAACGCGUCAGACGACGACACCGCCCUCAACAACAAGGUGGACGAGCCCGGUGCGGACAGGGCCGGCAGCGACCGACCGAGCGGCGGCCGGCAGCUGGACCUGGGUUUCGGCAUGUAUGAGAUGUGCCCGUUCCCGUUGAGCUUCAUGCACGCGUGCGAGACGAGUGACCAGUGCAAGCAGACCGGCUGCUGCGCCAUGCACGCCUUUCCCGGUACGCGCCGGUGGCAGAGGCCCUGCUGCGUCGUGUCGCGGCUCGUCACCCUUGCGCGCAUCACCGGGUCGUGCAUCAAGAGCAAGGCCACCCGGCCAGAGUCCGAUGACGACUGAUGUGAUGCCCUUCUUGUCCAUGGCAGCGUGCCCUGCCAACUUAGUGGUAGACGAGUGCGGCGAGCCCUGCGUCGACAACGAGGACUGCAAGGAACCGGGACUCGCCUGUUGCCGCUUGAGCUGCGACGACGAACGAGGAUCCUUUUGCUACGCCGUGCACGACAACCGCUAGAGCACCCACCCCACAAACUAUUUAU